AUGAGCGUCUGCAGUCCUGAUGACAGUUUUGAACAGGUUGGAAACCAUCAUUGUUUUCGGCUCUAGAAUAAUUUCAUUCAGGAUUGGGCUCCGGUGCUGGAGAGGAAAAUUACAAAAGAAGCUGAAGAAGCUAAUGAAAAUGUUAGUUUUUAAAAAUUUGAUAGUUUUCAUGUUUUUCAGGGAGAAAAUUCCGAAAGUGACAGAUUUUACGAUGACUCUGUGGCGGCUCAGAGUGAGGCGAGAGGUUUUUUUCGGAUUUUUUUGGAGCCAUUUUUUUCAAAUUUUUUUCAGAAGAAAAUGAUUCGAUCAACUUGGUGAAGCGCCUGAGUUCAGUGGUGACAGCUGUGAUUAAAAGAGGACCCUCUUCAGUUGAUAAACUGAUUGGAUAUGCAACAAAUCUCAUUUCUCAAGUUAAUAAAUUGAUAGAAAAAUAUCGAUAAAGGGCAUUUUUAGUCAUUAUCUUGCGAAGAAAGCGCCGAGGCAGUUAUGAAAUAUUUUGGGAACGCCUUAUUCUUGUCCAUAACAAAUGAGGAUGACUUGGAGGAAAGUUCCAAGGAGGCCAUUUUGGGCCUAUUUUCUUUUUUCUCCAAGGUUUUUUGUUCAAUUUUUUUAUGUCAAGUUUUUCCAAUUAUUCAGCUGGCUUUAAACUGUGUGGUUCAAAAUACGAGCCGUCUUUUGGAUACCGUCUUGCAUUGGAUUGAAGAAGUUGGUUUUUUCAAAUAAACUGCGGUCGGAAUUUUUCAGAGACCACUUAGAUUUGAAAAAAAAAAGAUUUGGAAGUACUUAAAGUUUCUUUUGAAGACCCUAAAGUUGACUUUAAUUUCCAAAAAAAAGCUCAAUUUUUUCAACAGACCAAAAUUUGUAUUUCAAUAUACAUGACCCAUAAAGAAACUGUUCAGUUUUCCGGAUUUUGAUAUCGUUCAAAUAGGGAUAAUUUUAGGAAAAUUGAUUUUCAAUAAUUUUAAUGCCGUGUUCAAAGUGAUUCCGCAAAAUUCAAAAUAGCCGUCAGAGAAAGAGAAAGAUAACUAAAUUUUGGAGGGUCAGAGACAAUUUCGCAUUUCGCGGAAAUUACUUUGAACACGGCAUAAAUGUUGAAAAAUCCAGCUUUCCAAAAGAAUAGGGUUUGCAAUACUUUACGGGGAAAUUCUGCUUGUGUUAAAUAAAAAUAAAUAUGUUUUACAAGAUUUGUAAGUCAGAAGAGUUUAAAAAAAAGUUAGAAUGAGAUAAAUCGGAAGCUUUUAAAUAUUUAGAGUUUACCUGGAAAUAUAAAAAAAUCCUUAAGGUGAAGUUUUUUUCAGUGCCUCUAUUAUAAAUAUUGUUCAUCUCAAACAUUUUUUCCAGCUAGUUACCGACUCAAACGCGGGCUGUCGGACCCGAAUUUGCCUGCUGAUUGGCAUCAUGAUGAUGACUUUGACUGAAAUGCAAGAAUCGGCUCGGACUGACGGACUUCUCGAAGAAGUCGAAGAGCUUCCCGAUUUUUUCGAUGCCGACGAUUGUGAAGGUGCAAUUGAGGACCUUUUUUGCGAAAGAAUGGCUCAAUAUCAUUUUUAAAAUAAGUUAUAGUCCUUCCAUGUUCUUUUUCUUCUUGGUUAUAGGGGUUUAUUAUUAAUCUAUUAUCUAAUAUUUUUAUCUUCCUAAUGGAAAAAAACCUGAAAAAAAUGAUUAUUAAACUAAACAAAAAGCCUUUUGAAUUUGAGAAAAAAAAGGUUUCUAUUUUUUCUACCUGUAUAAAUAUUAUCCUAUACUCUUUUUGUCUGUAUUUGUCUAUUUUUUAUUUUUAAAAACCUAAUUUCCCUUGAAUUCUAUUUGAAAACACUCGCGUGUAAAGUUUUUUAUUUCCUUCUUCAAAAAUAUCAUUUUUAGAACUAACCUUGGAAUAAGAAUGAGUAGGUGAGCUUUUUGCACUGAUUUCAAAUCUAAGCUUAAAAAUCUAUGCUUUUUUGGAUUUGUUGUUUUUACCAUGGGUUUUUUUCAUAGAUUUUUUUAACAAAAUUCAUGUUUUAGACAACAAAAUGAAGGAUUUUGGCAUAAAAGACGGGGUGAUCAACCGUUGGGCUCUGAUGCUUUCUAACUGCGUUUUUGGACAGGGUAAUAAUAAUUAUUUUAUUCCGUUAUUUGUAAUAUUUUUCAACUUUCCGUAACGUUUUUCUUGUUGCCGUGUUUAAAAUGAUUCCGGGGGUUUCAAAAUUGACACGUUAUUCGUAAAAAAUGAUUCCGCGUAAUCUGAAUUCCGGAAAAAUGGGGUCCUGCAACGAAUUACGUGACACGCGAAGCUCCAAAUUUUGAAAUUAUUGGAAAUUUCAAACUUUCAUUUGAAAAUUUACCGUUAAAAUCACGUAUCGUUAUUUUGAACGAAUAACGCACCAAUUUCGAAACUAAUUUGAAGAAAAGUAAUGUUUUGAUUUCCUGAGCAACGAGUUUGAAUUGAGAAAAUCCUCCAUAUAGGCCAUUCCGCGCUAGCUUGUCACGUUUUUCUUUCCGCCAGAAGGCCAGGUCAAAUUUAACCAACUUUCGCUUCAAGACCUUUGUUUCUUGCCGUUAUAAAAGCAGAAAUUUGAUCUAAUUUGGUAGACAGUUUUUUGGCGGAAAGAAAAAAGUGACAAACUGGCGCGGAAUAGGCUAUAACAGCUUUUUUCAACUUCAGACAGAUGUGUCAAUACAAAAAAUGAACGACUCGACAAUCAGUAACUAGAUUUUUCCCUAAUGUGCACUAUUUGAAGGUUCCACUCAGGUAUUAAUUUCAAUUCAGAACCCAAGAGUGCGGUCAGCAGCAGUUCACGCCUUCUCAUUCUUCAAGUACGAUUACGAAUUCCGGAAUUGUCAAGGCGAUGACGUCACUCCCAACAAAUGUUAGACCUAUUCUGUUCGGAUUUCAGAUUUUAUCUUGUAUAUUCUCAAAUUUUUAAGAACUAACCUUGGAACUAGGAUAUAGUGUGUUCAGAUUUCAAAUUUCAAGCAGCUAAUUCUACCCCCAUCGAUAUCCUGGAAUCUUUAAAAGGGAGGAAAACUGUGCAAAACUAUAUUCGAGUUAAGACGCUUCAAAAGCUUGAAAUAGCUCUUUUUUGAUAUAACUUGACUUUUUCGCAACCUUUGAAUCUUCAUAAAUCAAAAACGAAGCCUAUUUCGAGAAUCAGAAGACUAAAAAUAGUUACGCAGUUCGUAGUUUUCAAUAUUUCAGUGAUUUCGAAACGUCUUCUCGACGUCGACCUGGCUGUUCGGACCAACGCCAUCCGCGCUGUUCACAUCAUCGACGCCGAAACUGUCCAAAACUUCUUCCAUUUGAUCGAAGUUUCCGAAGACAAUUUGGUAGAAAGAUAGAUUGGUGCUGAUCAUAAGAAUUUGUAGCUCAGAUGGAAAUCAUGUUGGUCGAGAGACUUGUCUCCAGCGUCCACAUGAUGUCUCUUUCCAUGGCGGACCGUCUCAAACUUCUCAGUUUGUUGAUCAGAAGCGGGUCGGGUCGGUUUUUGUGUUCAUCAUGUUUCUUUGUUCGAAAAAUCGAUAGUAAAAUUGAAUUGGCGGGUUUUCGGGUCAAUUUUUUCGCGGUUGAAGUGCGGUCAAGUGUAUUCAAAUGGUCACUUGAGGGUUUUGGAGUUUCACGGCAUUCCUAAUGGGGUGAGGGAAGGUGAACGAGGCGUCAAAGUUUGUAAAUUUACAAAAAAAAAAGUAAGUGCGCGCUUCGGAUAAAAGGACUGUGACGUCACAGCUACCUAUUGUUGCAAAUUAAAAGUAUUCAACGGCAUGAAGAAAACAUUUGGCUGCGUACUUGAGAUUUCAAGUUUCGCGCCAAAAUUUUUCUGACGUCUCCCCACCCAGGCUUGUGCGAGGGCCGGCCCGUCAACCUCUUGGCCCCCCGGCCACUUCCCAAGCCCGGCCUUAGAAGGGCCUCAAGCAAAAAUGGCCGGCCCGGCUCAAAAAAAGCUCAAAAAUUUUUUUCAUUUUGAAUUUUUUUCGCUUUUUUUCAACGAGAAAAUUGGAAAUUUUAUUUUUUUCCUCGUAGAGUUAUUAGAAACUAUGAUUCAACAAGUAAAAAAAUGUUUUUUUCGAUGAAAUUUUUUUCUAAAUGAAAUUCAAGAUUUUUUUCAAAGCUCGGCCUGGCCCGAGCCCGCGCAGGCUUUUUCAAAAAAUUGAGGCCCAAAGCCCGGGCCAGGCCGGCCCGGGCCGCCCGGCCUGACGCACAAGUCUGUCCCCACCCCGUUUGGGAACGCCGCGAAUUUUUUACCCAGAUGUUCUGAAAAACGUUUUUUAGAGCGUUUGAAGUAUGCAGAAGUCUCAUUUUGCCUUUAAAAAUGGUUCUAAGCCUCUGAACUUCCUGCAAAUUCCUACUAGAGUCUUUGAAAAAUAGUUUUUUUUAGCGUUUUUUGGAAAAUAAAAAUCAAGAACUGGAUCCAAAAAUGUUCAAAAAGAAGCUUAACUCUGCACAACAGCCCCUCGAGAUAUGGACUGUUCAGAUUUCAAAUAUUGACCAGCGCUUUCAUGGCUAUGGUAUCUUUCGUGUCGAAUUUUUUUAUCGUGCGUUUCGAUGAUCCUUUAAUAGCGCUCCAUUUUUCGACUUUCUUCUAAGCCUUCCUAAGCUUAAAAGCUUCCGAGUGUCUGCGUCUCUCUGGUCCCUCACCGGCGAGGUCAGAGAAACAUGAAAAUAGCACUUUAAAAUGAGAGGGUGGCCGGGAGACGUAGAGAGCGCAGAGAAGUUGCGAAAGAUGGACCGUCAAGAAAAUUUGAGUAGUACUCUUAAAAAGAUAACCGAGACGAAAAGUUACUGUAGGCCCGGGGGCGGGGCUAGCUGCUUGAAAAGAUCUGGACUUUCUAAAUUUUCGAUUUUCCAGAAGAAAUCCGCCGUCUGAUGAGCCGGGACUUGGUGACAAAGUGGACAAAAGCGGCCGCGGAAAGAGUUUCCGGCCUCGCUGAUCUGAUCGAUGUCCGGGAUUUCGAUCCAAAUGACACCCUCGACUCUGAAAUCUCCGAUUGCGACUCGGCCCCAUUCCCGAGUUUGCUUCUGGAGUUCCUCGACCAUAAACUCGACGAGUACACCGUCUCCGUCAUGGUCAAUGUUUCUUCCAAGCCCCCUUGUCAGAACCCUUUUCCCAAACGCCUCCAUGCGCCUUUAAUAUAACAACUUUAAAAUAAAUUAAAGGCGCAUACACAGAGAUAGGCCGCGCGCAUCGAAGAGAAGGUCUCUGUAGCUCGGAGGAAAAUGAAAAUCGUGACGCGCGCUGUCUAUAUCCAUUGCAGGCUUGGGACCAAUAUUGCGCAAUGGCCCGUGCGCCUUCAAAUUUAAAUCAAAUAAUGGGCUUAUUUAUCAUCUUUUUUCUCUUCCCGGAUAAAGUUAUAGUCCAUUCCGCAGAAAAAUUGUCCCCUUUUGUUCUCCGUUUACCAAGUUUGACCAAACUUCGCUUCGAGACCUUUUUCGCAAUUUUAGAAGGAAAAAAAGUUUUUGGGAUGUUUUCAAAAAGUGACAUUAUCGCGCGGAACACUAUGACCAUUUUUUUUCACCUUUCCUUUGUUUUUAGUAUUUUUUCAAAACUGAUAAGUUCUUUUCAAUAUCAGUUUCGCUUAGGUCAAACUGUCCAUCAUGAAUUACAUCCGGAACAAUGACAACAACGGGGAAAUCGACUUCGAACCGUUCCUCCGGGAUCUCAUGGAAAUGCCGAGAAGCAAGCUGAAAAAGCUUGGCGUGAUUACUCGACGCAAUUUCGAGCUUUUCGAAAAGUUUGAAAUUAAGAACUUUUUUCAACCAUGACCCCCAAGUCAUGUUUUUUUCAAAAGUCAGAGAGAGAGAGAGUUCGGUUUUUUUUAAUUUUCAUUUUUUUCGAUCAUAUCAAUCAAAAAAACAGCGUAAAAUAAUAAAAAAACUAUGAGCAAAUGACAGUUUUUUUCAGAAUUAAACCAGAUUUUUGCUUGGUUUUAUUUGAAUUUUUCAAAUGGAAACGGCAAUAAGCCGUUUUUUGAAGGUUAAUGAGGGUUUUUUUAUUCAUUUUCUCUUCCAACUUUCCAAGAGAAAACUGCGAAUAAGUGUCAUUUUUGUACACAGGCAAAGUCCAAAAUGUCUCAAAAAGGAAUUUUGGAAAAAGGCCUCAAAGAAGCCUUUUUUCCAGACCUUUUCUCCGAAAAGGAGAUGUAAAAAAAGAAGGCGUGAAAAAUAUGGCAAAAAGGAGAUUUCGAGAAGUUUUUAACACCUUUUAGAAACUCAAAAAUGAGCAGCCUCUUCUUUUUUGGGCCUUUUUGAGGUCGUUUGGGCUUUGCCUAUGCGAAUUUGCUUUUAUUGCAAUAUUUCAGCGACGACGAAGGAAUAGAACACUGGCUGAGGCGAGUCUCCCUCCAAACUUUCUUCACCAAACAACUCCUCGACAUCAUUUUCGACGUGAAAACGACCCAAACCAACUCAAAAAUCGUCCGAAAUCGCGCCGCGUUUUUCUUCCUCCCCGACGCCGUCCAACUCCUCGGAAUGACCAAAGAGUUGCUCGCCGACUUUUCCAUUUUUCAUCCAAAAUUUCAGUUUUUGCUUGAAAUUCCUGCGGCCUGAAUACGCGGAACAUAGCUCUUUCCUCGAAGCGAUAAUUGUCAGAUUGAUGGGUUUUGUUGGCAAUCUUCUCAACGAGGAUAACGAGGAGUUUGACAGGUUUUCCUUCAGAAAUUCCAGAAUUUUAACGGUUUCGUUCAGAUUCUGCUUCGUAACCGCCUUGAAAGAGAUCGUCUCUGAAAAGGACCUUUUUUGCACCCUGGACCUUCAUUAUUUGAUGGCCAACCUGUUGAUCGACCUCUGUUCGAAUAGGCAAAGUUUUGAGGUAAGCGGGGGGGGGGGUGAGUAUGAAGCGAGUUUCGUAAUACGUAGUAGAUAGACCUCAAAAGGACGCAUAAAACAAAUAUGAGGUUUUUCGGAAAAGAGUUUUUUUAUACUGAAAAUGGUCUAUUAGUUUUUUUGGGGGGCUGAUAAGAAAAAGAAAAUCUUUCUUUCUUUUUCAAAUUCUAAAAAAAUCGGUAAUUUUGUAACGGCUGAAGAUAAACUCUGAAACUUUUGAAAAUUCCCAGAUUUUUUUAAGCGAAUUUCUGAUCCAAUACGGACUGAACUGUUUAUAAAAAAACGACAGAAGCUUGAAAUUAAUAAUUACCUUCAAAUUUUUUUCAAGAUCUCUCAAAAUGAGAUUUUUUUCGCAACAAUGUUUUUUUAGUGAGAAGCCUCUAUCAGUUUCUUUUGGCGGGGGGCGGGAGGGGGUUGUGAUAAGAAAAAAAGAGAAGAAUUUUGGAACGGCGAAAGAAAAAAACUCUUUUUGAAAGCGAGUCAAGCCAGAAAUAAAAUUAAAUCGCGUGCUUGUUGUUUUUCAAAAGUCCCACUAGGAGUUUGAAGAUCUAAAUUCGAAUAGAUCUUUCCAGGAAAUCAGCGAUUGGAUCUGCUACACGGUGGGAGAACUGCUCGGAGACGAGGACGAAGACGAACUGGAGCCGCUUCGCGAUGUCGCCGACGCGAUGUUGCGACGCUGUGCCGUCCUCCUCCAGGCCCUCCUCGAACGCUACAAAGUCACCGGCGUCUCGACCCUCCUCAAAGUCGCCGUUUUCCGAAUCGUUUGCGAAAAAAAAGCCUGUAUUCCAAGGCUGAUAUCGGCUUCUAGGUGACCCCUUUGGUGGACCGUGGCCCCCAGGAACUGAAAAUAGAGGGGAUCCUGCUCGCGGGGGCCCUGAUCAACUGCGAUUUCGCCUCCACUUCUGUCCUUUUUUGCGCCCUCCAGCCACUGAUGAAAAGUGAACAUGACGCCGUCAAGGUGUUUUAUUAGGAAUGAUUUUUUUUUUGAUCAUUCAAAAAUAGUAUCCUUGUUUCAAAGCAAUAGUUAUGAGAGAAAAGUCGAAAUACAAAAAUUCAGUUUGAAAAUUUCAACAGAAGUAUCGAAUGACGUCAGAAUUUGUGAAGGCUUCUAUUAUGGAAAUACGUUUUGUUUUUAAUGACGUCAUCUAAAACUUCUCGCUCUCUAAUUGGCCCCCUUGAGAAAUGAAUGACAUCAAAAAUCUGAUCUUAGGAAUUCCAGAGUGGUCCCUAUAGGGGCCGAAAAACUGGCCCCUGUUAGGGUUUAUAGUCUGAUCCCUUAGCCCCUACAGCUCAAGUGGGCCCUUUAGGGGUCUCUUAACGCCCGUUUAUUGAGUUUUUUCCAUGGAAAUGCUUCUUCGCUUAGCGUUCUGAACCAGCGUUGAAGAACAAGUGUUGACUAGCAUAUCUCCUAAAGGAGUCACUAACUAAAAACCCUAUAGGGAUCACUUUUUCAAGCCUCAGUGGCCCCUAUAGUGGUUGGUAAAGGGCUCCCUAAAAGGGACGCUUCAAGGGCCACUAAGCCCCUAUAGGGAACACUCUGGAGUUCCUAAGAUACUCCAGAGUGCAAAAUUUCAGGAAGCUGGUCAUGAUGCAUCAUGAGCGAUUUUUUUUUUUCUAGCCCAAAGCUGAAUUUUCAAAGAAAGUCCUUUUGAGAGCGCCGUUCUCCACGCGUUGAAAAACGUGAUCGUCCGACACGGGUUCGACAAGUCUUCCCUCGCUUUCCACUGCGCCAUCGACGAAGAAGACGAGAAAGAGACGUUCCGGGCCGUCGCGACAAGCAUCGAGCAGUGUGUGGAGUCUCUGGUCCGUGUAGAUUGAAAUGUUCCCGGAUAAAUCCGUCCUUCAGAGCGGAUCCUUCUUGGCCCAGGCGUUUUUCGAUUCCCUUCGCAUUUUCGCCAACAACAAGCUCUGUUGGACCUCGCUCAUGACUCUUCUUCUGGAAAAGUGAGUCGAUCUGUACUUUUGUCUGGAAAAAGUGGGGAAGCUUCUGCUUUCGGUUCCUCGGAAGGCGUUUGGAAGCUUCCCAGCAAGUGGUCGAACCCCUUCCACAUAGCUUCCCAACACCUUCUACUCAGAAAAGCCUGCCAGAAGCUUUCCAGCAGGCAUUUUCCAUUCUCAUCAUCCAAAUACCUUCCGAACACCUUCCAAAGGCUUUCCCAACACCUUCUAGCUACCCUACCUAACAACCUCCUGCUGGUUACCUUCCCAGGAUUUGCCUGAGUUCCAACUCUUAUGAAAACACGUGUACUUAUUGAUGCUUCGAGUAGGUCAGAAUGGCCGCUUAAGGGGCGGAAUCUGAGAAAACCUUCGUUUUUUCAAGAUGGAAUAGAAUUUAUCAAGAAUCAUUUGCUUUCUCGCGAAUUUUCGAGGUGCCUUUUAACUGGCCGUUUGAAGAUAAAUUAAACGUAAAUUCUGAAAAAAAGUGACAAAAGUGUUCACCAUUGAACGAAAAAGUCGACGAACCAUUAAAUAAGUAAGUAUGAAUAGAGAAAAGUUUGUAUUCUUACGUUUUUCACCGGGUUUCGCUCUAAUAUUUCCUCUUUGGUGUUAAUUCUCAACCACUACAGAAGUUCAAAAUUGAAUUCUGCUCCUUCGACUACAAUAAAAUCUCCUUCUAGGGCUUUUGACCGCCAGAAUUCCCGUCUGGGCCUCGAGCGACUUUUGGAGUUGUUCUGUGAGAAACACACCUUGACCUAUGUUUCACGGUAAUCGAAUAGGUAUCCUUUUUUCAAACAGCCCCAUAUUCAGAUUACGCCUCGCUCACUCGUUUGCGAAAUGCGUAGCGAAGGUGGAAAGUCUGGAAAGUUUCCAAGAACGAAUCAAAAUGGUCGAUUUGGCGGCGUUCGUCUGUCGCCACGUUUCCAAGGAAGAUUCUGUUGGUCCAAGAUUCGAAAAAACUCGAAAAAAGAUUAUUCGCAGACCACAAAAACCUUUAAAGAAAAAAAAAUUCGGUUAUCGUUUGAUUUUUUUUUCCCCUUCAUGGUAUCCCUAGAAGCUCCAGAGGAGUCCUUGAUAGGUCCCCUAUAGGGGCAACUUUGCCUCCCCCUAUGAAGGCCACUAAAACUUGGGUAAAACUCCAAAUUUGACUAAAAAAUCUGAAGUUGAUCAGUUCCAAAUGGAUCGUUAGAUUUCUAGAAGCUCCAGAAGGGUCCCUAUAGGGGUCCUCGAUAGUUCCCCUCUAGGGGCCACUUUACCUCCCCAUCUAGGGGUCACUAAAGCUUGCAAAAGUGACCCCUAUAGGGGAUAUAGUUUAAUGGUCAGAUCCUACACUCCUAUAGAAACCACCUAACUGCUGUUACCACUAUAGGGACCACUUUUUUGACUAUUUUCACCCCUACAGGGACCACUCUAGCGUUCCUAAGUCAAAUUUGAUCGUCUUUUUCUCCAGGAAGACGUCGCCCCGCAGAAACCCUCUGCGGUCGCCCAACUCGUUGAUCUCGUUCUGAACCUGGCCCUCGAAGCGCCGUACUCGCAGUUCUUGAGGCCGGUGUUGACCUCCAUGGCCAGCUGUCUUCGCCUAGGCCAUCUCAAAGAAAAUGCUCUCAGCGAUCUUUUGGCGAAGCUCAAGACUCUUUCGAAAGUAUACCGAAACUUUUUCGAGCCCUAACUCGUUUUUUUCGACUCAGUUGGUCGCGAAAGAAGGCUCGAGGUCGACUUUCGACGCCUGCAAACGGCUCGCCGUCGCUUUUUCCAACGCCUUGGGCCGGUUUGAACGUCUUGACGAGCUUGAUGUUCGUCUUCAGCUUCAUUUCUUGACGAAUUAGAGAGAAUUAGUGGCCACUUGAGGAGUUUAAAGAGAGCUCUCAGAUUUUUUUUUUUAAAUCUUCUAGUUCCUCUGACUUCAGCUAUCCACGGAGCCUUUUUGAAUGACGUCAUUGUACCUAAAAUUCAAAAUCUGAACAGACUAUAAGAUUUUUGGCCUAAAAUAAUCGAAAAAUGAUCAUAUUUAUUGAAUAGAUGUUCUUACAGUUCAACAGCGAUACGGACGAUUCUUGGACGCCUCCUUCCGUUAAAUCUUCUAUAACUCAAAUAGUUAAAGGUUUUGAGUUUUGAAAAAAAAAAAUGGACAAACCAUGGGCAGACCAUUUUUAAAACUACCUCAAGUUUUCCUGGAUUGAAGUUAAUACUACCUCUCGGAGGCUAAGACUUGUAUUACCGUGAGGUUGAAACUUGAUUUUUUUUUUCCCCAAUUUCUCAAAAUUCUUGUAUUCCAAGCCCUCCUCCCGAGCCAAAGAGUUCUGUACUUGCCUCUAUGACCAUUAAAAGUUUCCAUAGGUUGAUUUGAAACCUUUUAUCAAUUUGUUUUGUUUGGAAGCUUCUUGGCUUUCAGAAAAAGGCUACAAAGUGUAAAGAAUGUUUUCUGAAACUCGAAAAAGAGUUAGUCCACUGAAACUUCGCUGAACCUAAAAUCUUAUUAAACAAGAAAAAAAUUGAAAUCAAUGAAGUAAAUAACAAUUUUCAGGUUUCUCAAUUUUCAAUUUUCAAGAAAAUUUCGUUCCUUUUCUUUUAAAAAUUGACCCAAGUUUCAACUCUUAAAUAUUUUUCUUCUUUCAAGGUCCCGAAAGCAACGACUUCUCCAUGCUUUUACAUGACGAGGUUUUGAAUUGAAAAUCUCGCAAAAUAAUGGAUUUUUCAGCUAAAAAUUGAAAAGUCGGAUGAUGUGGAGAUUGAGAGCGCGGAAAGCGAUGAGGAAGAUUCUGUGAGUUUGAGUAAUGAGAUGGAAAAAUACAAAAAUUUGAUAUCUAGAGCCUUUUUUUUCUAUAAAAGAAGACAUUGUCGCUUUUUUCUAUCAAGAAAAGUGUUUCCCAGCACUUUUGAAAAAAACUGAAGAGCCCAAUUUUUACAGUAGAUCCAAACUCUACAUCAUUCUCUUAUUGAUUAAUUGAUCUGCAGAGCGAAAACCUGAUCAACGGAAAAAGGCCGUGGAGAUGGUCGGCGGUUGAAGCCGUCAAACGGAUCCGUUUGCAGAAAGUCGACAGCCAAGAAAGCUGCUCGAAUUGA